AUGGAGGACUCGCAGGAUGUAUGCGAGAACUUCACCUUGAUAGUGGACGAUGGGGGGGAAGGCGAGUAUCAGAUCGAUGUGAGCAUUCCGUCUUGUCUGAGCAAGGAAGAGAAAGAAAGAGUGAUGCUGGAAAUAUUCGAAUCUGAACAGCUGCCCGAGUGGAGGAGGCAUUCCUUCUUAGUCAUCGCAAGCAAGCUUCUGAAUCGCUCCGGAAGGGAAUCGAAGGCGGGACAUGAGCUUGGAGCAGAACGCGCAGAAAUCAAUCAAGCAGCAGCAGCAGCAGCAGCAGCAGGACAGGGGGAAGAAGAACAAAAGGAUGGCCUUCUACUAUCACCCGAGGACGUGCCUGCAUUGGUCGACAAGAUGACGAGCGUCUAUGGGAUGUCGUUCGUCAACUCCAGCUACCAGUGCCGGAUCUCGAUCGCAAAGGAAGAGAUUCAGGUGAGCCCGAUCGAGAGGUUCAGCAUGCUGAUGCGAGAGGCGUCCACGAGCAAACCUGUCUUGGACCUGAUGCGGGUGUUCUGGGAGGACGGGAUGGCUCUUGCCAGCAGAAGGAUGGAGAUAAUGGAGGGGUGUGAGAAAGAAUAUGAGAGAGAGCAUCAAAGUAUUGUUUUGCGAGGCGCUUUCAUGCAUGAAGACGAGGUGAACAAGCAGCUGGAGGCGUUGAAGACAAGGUACAGAGAGAAGAAGAAGUUGGCAGGAAAGGAAUACCGCAAGUCUCUGUCGAAGAUGCAGGAAGUGCAGAGGAACGACUUUUCCUCCUACAUGAAUGUGAUCCAACGGGAGAGUGUAGAGGAGACCAAGGGGGGGAUGAAGAAGGAGGCGACGAACCCUGCGAGUCCCAACGAGGGGGAGAUUUUGACUGCGCACGAGGACCCGAUGGAUGCAUGGAACGAAGUGUUCGGAGGAGGCGAGAAGGGGGCGGGAAGAGAGGAGGAGGAGACAUCCAAGGGGCUGUGGUCCAUGUACGGCAGGCUGGCGUCGACCAAGGCUAGUCGCCCUCGCGGCGCCAUUGACCUGGUCUCGUGGGUGGGAACGAACCAGCUGAGGAAGAAGGGCAGGAUCUUGGAGUACUGCACCGGCCCUCCCUCAGGGGGCAAGCGGAGGACAGAGGCUGUCAUGCGGGGCAUUGCUGGGGACAACCUCUUAGGGCUCGUCAUUCCCAUCGCUCACCCUUCUUCCUCCGCCACAAGACGCAAAGAAACAACCUUCCUCGACGUCGGUCAAUGGUGCUCAACAUGGCACACGAACUUGGUCGCUGCCCACGUCGCCUUCCACCUCGUGGUCGAGAGCGUUCCUCACCCCGUGAACCCGGACAGCCGAGUGUCUGCUGGGUUGCGGUCGGUUGUGCAGGCAGCAGCUAGGCACUCGGUUACAGGACUUGCCGUCCCUCUCCUCCUCACCGAGACCAGCGCCGAAGCAUCUCCGGCAUUUGCUGAGGGCUUGAGCGGAAGUGCUGAGAUGGAAGGAAACUUGAGCAGAAAUGAGAAGCUCAUGAUCCGAUCGACUGCUGUUAUGCGCUGCCUGUGGGAGGAGAUACGAGGUCUGUAUGCCGGGUAG